GAUUCCGGUCAAUUCUCUUUGAGAAAAAAAAAUAUGGCGGACAACACGUCGGCAAAUGACGAUCCUGUUGUUUCUGUUAGACGAAAUGAUACUUCUACUGAAGUAGAAAACGCAUCAGCUGUUCAGCGCAACGAAGGUAAUGGAAAUGAUCAGCAGCCGCAACCAGAACCAGUGUGGAAGACUAUAAUAUACAGACUUGUGACAUUUUGGGUCAUAAUGCAAGUCAUCAAGUCAUUUACUGGUAAAAAAUCAGUUCCCGCCACGGAAAAUGAUGGCUCAGUUAGUAAACCUAAUCUAGUUUGUCACAACCUUUUUAAAACCAGUGAUCCUCUGGAACUUUACUUGUUUUAUUCAGAGUCACCAUUUUUUGCGGAAUAUAAUGACACAAGCCUUCUGAUGUGGCAUAUUGAUGAUUUAAUUUUUGGUGGUAAUGGCUGGUAUGAUGGACCAAAUCAAGAUGGAACAAGAAUUCUAUCUGGAAAUAUUGAGAUAUCAGAGAAGGUAAAAAAUAAUGGAUCACUAUAUUAUCAUGUAUAUUUUGUCAAAAAAGGUUAUUCAAUAGAUCCAUCUUCUAAAUAUUAUUCCCGAUAUGCAAUUGUAAAUCAAACAAAGGAAAUGAUAUCUUAUCGAAAACAAAGAAUACACAAGACUAAGAAUUUGUUAACGGGUGAGGCUGACACACAACAUAAAAUUGUUCAAACAAAUGCAAGUGAACCGGCAAAAAUUAUUUCAUAUUGGCAUCCUAAUUUGACCUUAAACAUUCUAGAUGAUCAGACUCCUUGGCAAAAAGGUGCUGUUCCUUCUCCAAUUGACCAGUACAUUAUGUUCGAUAAGCUUGAAAAUUUUUACAGGCCUGUUGUCUAUUUUAAUGAUUAUUGGAAUUAUGUGAGUGAUUAUAUGCCUGUUAAUGACACAACACCGAAACUUGAAUAUAACAUUGUUUAUUCGCCUAUUUCAAUGUUUAAAUGGCAAUUGUAUGUUUCACAAUCAAUGCGAUCUCAGUGGAACCAGUAUCUUGGUGACAGUGUUGAACAAACAGACAGUGAACAGGACAUGAUAAAAAGAACGCUACAAGAAACAAAUCCUUAUCUUCUGGGUUUGACCAUGGUCGUUUCUUUGGUACAUAGUGUAUUUGAAUUCUUGGCGUUUAAAAAUGAUAUUCAGUUUUGGAAAACAAGAAAAACAUUGGAAGGUUUAUCUGUACGCUCUAUAUUUUUUAAUGUGUUUCAGUCCUUAGUUGUUUUGCUAUAUGUCCUUGAUAAUGAAACUAACAUGAUUGUUGUGUUUAGCUGUUUUGUGGGUAUGAUAAUUGAAUGUUGGAAAAUCACUAAAGUAGUUGAUAUCAGUAUUGACUCCACAAGAAAAUGGGGCCCGUUUCCUGCAAUUGCUAUCAAAGAUAAAUCAACAUAUGUUGAAUCUUCCACAAAAGAAUAUGAUCGGCUAGCGUUCCGUUACCUUUCGUGGUUGUUAUUUCCACUUUUAGGUUGUUAUGCUGUGUAUUCCUUACUUUAUGUAGAACAUAAAGGAUGGUAUUCAUUUGUGCUUAGCAUAGCAUAUGGUUUUUUGCUUACAUUCGGUUUUAUCAUGAUGACUCCACAACUUUUUAUUAAUUACAAGCUUAAAAGCAUAGCUCAUUUGCCAUGGAGAAUGCUGACAUACAAAGCCCUUAAUACAUUUAUUGAUGACAUUUUUGCUUUUGUUAUAAAAAUGCCAACAUUGUAUCGUAUUGGGUGUCUACGAGAUGAUGUUAUAUUUUUUAUAUAUUUGUAUCAGAAAUACAUUUAUCCCAUUGAUCAUUCACGUGUAAAUGAAUUUGGCACUUCUGGUGAAGACAUGCAAGAGGAAGGAAAUGAAGCAGUGGUUGCAGAGGAGAAUAAAAAGGACAAAUAACACAUUUAAGAGCAAACAUUUUGUAUUUUUACAUAGGAUGUAUACCUUUUUUUUGGAAUUUAAUAAACGACCGUUAAACCUA